CACAAGCUACAUAGAUAGCUAGCUAAAAACAUGACAUCUAUCUUAUCAUCUCUGUCUUUCGUAUCCAACAUUAAUCACCAUUCUUCCCUGCAUCCAUUAUUCUCUCAGAAACACAUACUCAAACCAAAACGCCUAGACCAUCACCACCAUGUUUCUAGAGUGGCAUGUUGCAGCAACAAUAGGGGCAACCCGAGCAACACAACACCACCAAACUCCAACGGAGGACACAGGAGGGAUGUUCUGAUCAGCCUAGGAGGAUUGUGUGGUGCCGCCGGUGCCACUCUUAUCAACAGCCCUUUUGCCAUUGCUGAUCCAGUCAUUCCAAACUACAAAAACUGCGUUCAAGCAGAAAUACCGGACUGUGGAAAGCCUCCCUUUGAUUGCUGUCCUCCUCCCACAAGCACUGACGUCCAACCUUUCCAGCUACCUUCCUAUAGCGGAACGCCGCUGCGGGUAAGGCCAGCGGCGCAUCUGGUGACUGAUGAAUAUCUUGCCAAAUACGAAAGAGCAAUUGACAUCAUGAGAUCACUUCCUCCCAAUGACCCUCACAGUUUAAUCUCACAAGCCAACAUCCACUGCGCUUACUGUAACGCGGCCUAUCACCAAAAAGGGUUCCCUGGAAUUCAAUUUCAAGUCCAUGACUCUUGGCUCUUCUUCCCUUUCCAUCGUUGGUACCUCUAUUUCUUCGAGAGAAUCGCCGGUCACUUGAUCGAAGACCCUUCCUUUGCCAUUCCCUUUUGGAACUAUGAUUCUCCUGAUGACGGCAUGCGAAUGCCUUACAUUUUCACUAGUAAUUCCAAAUCACCUCUCUAUGACCCUCUCCGGAAUACCUAUCAUGUCCCGCCAACAAUCGUAGACCUUGAUUAUCCAAACAAUGGUGGGUGCGAAGGCGAUUGGGACACCAACAGUACAAUCAUGUACAGGCAAGUUGUCUCUAAUGGAAAGACCCCAGCUCAAUUCUUCGGAGAUGCUUACCGCGCUGGAUAUGAACCUGCAUGUCGUGGUGGCUCUGUAGAGAACUGUCCACAUAACAGUGUCCAUAAUUGGACCGGUGAUGGAAAUCAGCCUAAUGGUGAGAACAUGGGGGUUUUCUACUCGGCGGGAAGAGACCCCAUUUUCUACUCUCACCAUGCAAACAUUGAUAGGAUAUGGAAUGUGUGGAAGUCUGAAUUUGGUGGAAAUGAUUUCGAUGACCAGGAUUGGUUAAAAUCCGAGUUUGUCUUAUUCGAUGAGAAUAAGAACCCUGUGAGUGUUAAGGUCGAGGAUUGCCUUAACACCGCGGAGCAGCUCGGAUAUAUUUACGAAGAUGUUGGCGUUCCAUGGAAAGACUCUAAGCCCACACCAUGUAGAUCAAGGGCUCAGAGGCUAGCAGCAAAGAAACAACUCGGUUUGAGGAAUGAUAAUGUUAAGUUCCCACUUGUUUUAGGAUUCAGGGUUCUGAGAAUAGAGGUGAAGAGGCCUAGGAAGUCGAGGAGCAGGCAGGAGAAGAAGAAAGCCGAAGAGCUUUUGGUGAUUGAAGGGAUAGAGCAUGAUGGCCAGAAGCCUGUUAAGUUUGAUGUCAUUGUCGAUGAUGAUGACGACGGAAAACUCGUGAGGGCAAAGAAUACCGAGUUUGCAGGAAGCUUUGUGAGCGUGCCUCAUUCUUCACACGGCAUGAAAAUGAAAACUAAUCUCAAACUUGCAUUGACGGAUUUGUUGGAUGAUUUGGAAGCUGACCAUGAUGAUAGUAUUAUGGUCACGUUGGUUUUGAGGACUGGGCAAUGGGUCAAAAUCGAAAACAUCAAGAUAGAGCUUGGAGAUUGA